CAAACUGUCUCCUUCGCCUUAGAACGCUGAAACCCACAACUCAUCCUUCGAAGACACUUUUUUUUUGACGGGAAGGGAGCCGGCGAAUAAACAAACCCAUUUGUGCACACAUGGCGGAUAUCGAUUCGCCACAGUACGGCGAGGAAGAUGAAGAAAAUUGCAAAGACGUCAAAAAGAGCAGAAGAAAGCGAAUGCCGCUGUUUGGGAAAAAGAAAUUCGAUGAGAAGAUCACAAAGAAGUACACUUUUCAUGACGUGCUCGGAACUGGAGCGUUUUCUGAAGUUUUCAUGGCUGAAGAGAAGGCUACCGGUAAGUUAUACGCUGUAAAGUGCAUCGCCAAGAGGAAACUUUCCGGCAAGGAAGAGGCAAUAGAGAACGAAAUUGCUAUCUUGAAGAAGGUGAACCAUCCAAACAUAAUUAAACUUUGGGAAAUAUUCGACAACAAAACACAUCUUCAUCUAGUGAUGGAUUUGGUUCAAGGGGGAGAACUGUUUGACCGCAUAGUUGAGAAAGGUAGCUAUACAGAACAGGACGCAAGCGACCUUAUAAAACAGAUUCUGGAAGCUGUAGAUUAUUUACAUGGUCAGGGGAUUGUGCACAGAGAUUUGAAGCCUGAAAAUCUUCUUUACUACAGUCCUGAUGAUGACUCUAAAAUAAUGAUCAGUGAUUUUGGCCUGUCCAAGACAGAGGAAGAUGAUAGCAUGAUGGCAACUGCCUGUGGAACCCCAGGAUAUGUUGCCCCUGAAGUUCUCAAACAGAAACCUUAUGGAAAAGCAGUAGAUUGUUGGGCUGUUGGAGUAAUUUGCUAUAUUUUACUUUGUGGUUAUCCUCCAUUCUAUGAUGAAAGUGAUGCAAACCUCUUCGCACAGAUCAUGAAAGGAGAGUAUGAAUUUGAUACACCAUACUGGGAUGACAUUUCAGAUUCAGCUAAGAAUUUUAUUGAGCGUUUACUACAAGUUGACCCCAAGAAGCGGUUUACGUGCAAGCAGGCUCUAAAUCAUCCUUGGAUUUCCGGUGGAGAGGCUCUUGAUCGUGACAUCCAUGCAUCAGUUAGUGAACAAAUAAAGAAAAACUUCUACAAGGCUAAGUGGAAGCAAGCGUUUAAUGCCGCAACAGCCAUCAACCGAAUGAAAAACCUUCAACUCGGUGGGGCCGACAAGCCGGCUGUAAACAACAAUGGCGACUGAACCGAAGCAGCUGGUCUGCAGUGAUGGUCUUUUUUAAGUUCUUUCUCACUUCUUGUCGGUAAACAGGCGAAGAAAGGAUCUGGGAACGAGGCUUAUGUAAACCCCUGUAGAUCAGGCGUUUACGAAUUUGUAGAUUAAAAUUUCCAUCUGCUCAUUUAAAAGCAAAUAUUUUGCUUCUUUUUUGUUCCAUAUGGAAUUCAUUUCAGCCGUCGAAGUAUUUGUAAUAAUUCAAAGAAAAGUCGAAUAAGAAAUGCUUGAGUUUAGCGAAAGAAAUAUAUCAAGGGUCACAGUGUAGUUAAUAUUCCUCAUCAACUAUUAUGAAAUAUUUUGUAACCGAUUUGUUCUAUGGUCGAAUUCCGAUAGCGUCAGAUGAAAACUUAAGUGUCUUUUAGACUGGAAAUGCGCAGUUCUGCGCAGUUCAAUCUCUAGGUAAUUUUUUUAAGUGCAUGAGCUCCUACCCCAUGCGCUGGGUCCCCUUGACAACGGUCGAGAACUGAAUCUUGGUAAUUUCUGACAGGAAGUUUUAAACACUUUGUAAAUCUUUUUGAAGUGCACAAGUGUAGUUACAAGAACUACUGUCAGUUUUGUGGUUAAUGUUAGAAUACCAGCGAUGGAAGUAGGUUCAAAACCAAUCAAAGUUUCUUGUCUUGCGAUCGAACCAGGACUCGAGGAACGAGGAGAAAAGUUUCUUUUAAAGACAUCUCUUUUCCUUUAGCAGCUUGUUUUGAGAGAAAAUUAUAUUUUUCAGCGGAUCACCUGCCGAAUAUUCUGAUGUGCCAAUCGAUACAAAUUUUGUUAGAUUUAUCAUGUCCCAAUUCUGGUCUCGUUUUUUUAGGAGUCUUCCAAAUUUUGAUGCUAGUUUCCGUUUUUAAAUACAUAAAUUACUCGCUGUUCUGAGUGAGACGGUACAUGUGUCAAUGUAAUACAAUGAACUUAUUGAUCUUUGCUAAUAAAAUUAUGCCUUCAGAAA